GUAUGGUAUUCGAGAGUAUAAUGAUAGUCAUGACCAAGCUGAAUUUAAUAUAAGUUAUACUUGAUAUCUACUAUGCAUUAGUAAACUUAACGAAUAAUGUUUGAAAAGUUAAUUCAUUUCUUUGUAUAGCUGUACAAGUUUUCUAUUUAUUUAAGAUAUCCUUUCUGGCCUUUUGUGUUGUUGUUGACCAUGCCCCUAGUGACUGGAGCGAAGUGAAGGACUAAUCGAAGUUGUAGCACGAUUUCGUGGUCCUAUAUGCAUGUGUCAUAAUCUGUUGGAAAGUAAACAUAAGAGGAUUAUCUCCGAGUGGAAAAACAACUUCCAGUGAGCAUGGGUCAAACACUCUCUGAACCAGUGACUGCUAAGGAGACUUCGAGUUGUUCGAACGAAUUAUUGAAAGUAGGUGCCUCCUGCAUGCAAGGAUGGAGAAUCAAUAUGGAAGAUGCCCAUACACAUCUACUGUCCUUGCCAGAAGACCACGGUGCUUCUUUCUUUGCUGUCUACGAUGGCCAUGGAGGAGCGAAGGUCGCUCAGUAUGCAGGAUCUCAUCUUCACAAGAAGAUUGUUGGUCAUCCCUUAUACAAAAAAGGUAAUAUUGAGGAAGCAAUCAGGCAAGGAUUCUUAGCAGUGGACACUGACAUGUUAGAAGAUGAGAGCAUGAAAGAUGAACUAGCUGGAACAACGGCAGUUGUUGUUUUACUGAAGGGGAACAAAAUCUAUUGUGUAGGUUUCUUACUAAACUCAGUUGUUGUUUUACUGAAGGGGAACAAAAUCUACUGUGGCAACGUUGGAGAUUCUAGAGCAGUGGCUAGCAUUGGUGGACAAGUGCAGCAGUUGUCGUACGACCACAAACCUGGGAAUGAAGCUGAAACUAAACGAAUUAUUGCAGCAGGUGGUUGGGUUGAAUUCAAUCGAGUGAAUGGUAACCUUGCCUUGUCCCGAGCUCUAGGAGAUUUUGUUUUCAAGAAGAAUGAUAAGAAAGCUCCAGAAGAACAAAUUGUCACUGCAUAUCCAGAUGUGGUGGUGAAGGAAAUAACUCCAGACCAUGAAUUCAUUAUUCUCGCAUGUGAUGGAAUUUGGGACGUGAUGUCAAAUGAAGAAGUAGUGGCAUUUGUACGAGCAAGAAUUGCAAAAAAGAUGGAGCCUGAACAUAUAUGUGAAGAACUGAUGACGCGUUGUCUGGCUCCAGACUGCCAGAUGGGAGGACUGGGUUGUGACAACAUGACUGUUGUUCUAAUAUCAUUUUUGCAGUUUAAUAGUUAUGAAAAGCUUGCAUUAAAAUGCCAGAGACAAAUUCCCAUGUCCAACUUGAUGGAUAAAGAAUCUGGGUGUGCAAGGUCAGAAUCCUCCACUCUUGUGGUCAAUGACGAUGAAGACGUCUCUGAAGACGAGCAACAACCAAAUGAGAAUUUUGUUGAUGCUUCAGAUGUUGAAUCUGUAAUUAACAAAGAACCUAAUAUAACAUCCAAUGAGCCUGUUUCAAGUGCCACACGAGAAGCACGCAUCCCCGACAUGGAAGUUCACGAGAGUGGUCGUAUGGCUGUGGUGUGACACUCGGUGUAUCGUUACAUUAAAUACAAGUU